ACAAGGCACUUAUAGGGCUGGAAAUGGGGGUGUCGCCGCCGCCCAGUCAGCUCCGUGUCCACCGAUCCUCCGCCGGUGCCGCGCUGUCGUCGCGGCGCCCCAGUCCAGCCCUCUGUCCGCGCGGUCCCCAACACCGACCGGCGGGGCCCAGAGUCAGGGCCACGUCCCCACCAUGCCGGCCCGGUGGCUGUUGCUCCUGCUGGCGCUGCUGCUAUUGCCACCCGGUCCCGGGAGUUUUGGAAGAGCCAGCACAGUAACACUGCCUGAAACCUUGUUGUUUGUUUCCACCCUGGAUGGAAGUUUGCAUGCUGUCAGCAAGAGGACAGGCUCCAUCAAGUGGACUUUAAAAGAAGAUCCAGUCCUGCAGGUCCCAACACACGUGGAAGAGCCUGCUUUCCUCCCAGACCCCAAUGAUGGCAGUCUGUACACACUUGGAGGCAAGAACAAUGAAGGCCUGACGAAACUUCCCUUUACCAUCCCGGAAUUGGUUCAGGCAUCCCCAUGCCGAAGUUCAGAUGGAAUUCUCUACAUGGGUAAGAAGCAGGACAUUUGGUAUGUCAUCGACCUCCUGACUGGCGAGAAGCAGCAGACUUUGUCAUCAGCCUUCGCAGACAGUCUGUGCCCGUCAACUUCCCUUCUGUAUCUUGGACGGACAGAAUACACCAUCACCAUGUAUGACACCAAGACCCGGGAGCUCCGCUGGAAUGCCACCUAUUUUGACUAUGCAGCCUCACUUCCCGAGGAUGACGUGGACUACAAGAUGUCCCACUUUGUGUCCAAUGGCGAUGGACUGGUGGUAACUGUGGACAGUGAAUCUGGGGAUGUCUUGUGGAUCCAAAACUAUGCCUCUCCUGUGGUGGCCUUCUACAUCUGGCAGCGGGAGGGCCUGAGAAAGGUGGUGCACAUCAACGUUGCUGUGGAGACCCUACGCUAUUUGACCUUCAUGUCUGGGGAAGUGGGGCGCAUCACCAAGUGGAAGUAUCCAUUCCCCAAGGAGACAGAGGCCAAGAGCAAACUGACGCCCACUCUGUAUGUGGGGAAGUACUCCACCAGCCUCUAUGCCUCGCCCUCGAUGGUGCAUGAGGGGGUCGCUGUUGUGCCUCGAGGCAGCACUCUUCCUUUGCUCGAAGGACCCCAGACAGAUGGUGUCACCAUUGGAGACAAAGGAGAAUGUGUGAUCACUCCCAGCACAGACCUCAAGUUUGACCCUGGACUCAAAGGCAAGAGCAAGCUGAACUACCUGAGGAAUUACUGGCUUCUCAUAGGACACCAUGAAACUCCUCUGUCUGCAUCCACCAAGAUGCUGGAGAGAUUUCCUAACAAUCUUCCCAAACAUCGAGAAAACGUGAUUCCUGCUGAUUCGGAGAAAAGGAGCUUUGAGGAGGUUAUCAACCUAGUUGGCCAGACUUCAGAAAACACACCAACCACCGUAUCUCAGGAUGUAGAAGAGAAGCUGCCCCGUGCCCCCGCCAAGCCAGAGGCCCCCGUGGACUCCAUGCUCAAGGACAUGGCUACUAUUAUCCUGAGCACCUUCCUGCUGGUCGGAUGGGUGGCAUUCAUCAUCACUUACCCCCUGAGCAUGCAUCAGCAGCGCCAGCUCCAGCACCAGCAGUUCCAGAAGGAACUGGAGAAAAUUCAGCUCCUUCAGCAACAGCAGCUGCCCUUCCACCCACACGGAGACCUUACCCAGGACCCUGACUUCCUGGAUUCAUCUGGCCUCUUCUCGGAGAGCUCAGGCACCAGCAGCCCCAGCCCAUCCCCCAGAGCCUCCAACCACUCACUCAACUCUAGCAGCUCUGCCUCCAAGGCUGGCACCAGUCCCUCCCUGGAGCCGGAGGACGAGGAUGAGGAAACCAGAAUGGUGAUUGUUGGGAAAAUCUCAUUCUGCCCCAAGGAUGUCCUGGGCCAUGGAGCUGAGGGCACAAUCGUAUACAAAGGUAUGUUUGACAACCGUGAUGUGGCCGUGAAGAGGAUCCUCCCUGAGUGUUUUAGCUUUGCAGACCGAGAGGUCCAGCUGCUUCGCGAAUCAGAUGAGCAUCCGAAUGUGAUCCGCUACUUUUGCACAGAGAAGGACCGGCAGUUCCAGUACAUUGCCAUUGAGCUGUGUGCAGCUACCCUGCAGGAGUAUGUGGAGCAGAAGGACUUCGCCCACCUUGGCCUAGAGCCCAUCACCUUGCUUCAUCAGACCACCUCAGGCCUGGCGCACCUGCAUUCCCUCAACAUUGUUCACAGAGACCUGAAGCCCCACAACAUUCUCCUCUCCAUGCCCAACGCACAUGGCAGGAUCAAGGCGAUGAUCUCAGACUUUGGCCUCUGCAAGAAGCUGGCAGUGGGCAGGCAUAGUUUCAGCCGCCGUUCAGGGGUGCCUGGCACUGAAGGUUGGAUCGCCCCAGAGAUGCUGAGUGAAGACUGCAAGGAGAACCCUACCUACACAGUGGACAUCUUCUCUGCAGGCUGUGUCUUUUACUAUGUCAUCUCUGAGGGCAACCAUCCUUUUGGCAAAUCCUUGCAGCGGCAGGCCAACAUCCUCCUGGGCGCCUGCAGCCUUGACUGCUUCCACUCAGACAAGCACGAGGACGUCAUUGCUCGUGAGUUGAUAGAGAAAAUGAUUGCAAUGGAUCCGCAGCAGCGACCCUCGGCAAAGCGCGUGCUAAAACACCCGUUCUUCUGGAGCCUGGAAAAGCAGCUCCAGUUCUUCCAGGAUGUGAGUGACCGAAUAGAAAAGGAGUCCUUGGAUGGCCCGAUCGUGCGGCAGUUGGAGAGAGGCGGGAGAGCUGUGGUUAAGAUGGAUUGGCGGGAGAACAUCACUGUCCCCCUGCAGACAGAUCUGCGCAAAUUCAGAACCUAUAAAGGUGGCUCCGUCCGGGAUCUCCUCCGAGCCAUGAGGAAUAAGAGACACCACUACCGGGAGCUCCCUCUGGAGGUUCAGGAGACGCUGGGCUCCAUCCCUGAUGACUUCGUGCGCUACUUCACAUCACGUUUCCCCCACCUCCUCUCUCACACCUACCGAGCCAUGGAACUGUGCAGACAUGAGAGACUCUUCCAGACCUACUACUGGCACGAGCCCACAGAAGCCCAGCCUCCAGGGAUUCCAGAUGCCCUCUGAGCGAGGGCAGCCCUCUGGUCUGGUGGCCCCAACAAGGACCAUGGGCCUGAUCUCUGCGGUCGUAGCUCAUUGCCUCUGGGAUUAGCAGGAAGAUAAGCUUCUCAAACCAAGUGCCUUGAGCUGCUGAUCUGCAGCCAGAGAGGAGC